GACAUAAGUUGAGUAUUGCAACACCAGCUUGUUAGAGGUGGAUACGGGGGUCAUAGCAAGUGAACAUUCGUUCAUGUGUGUGAUCCCUUUCCAUUUUGUAAUACCCAUUAUAUCACCAUUACUGCAAAAAGCUAAAAGAGAAAUGGUCAGACUCAGAAGUGCCUUUCACUUCAAACUUUACCACUAGGAUGAUGUUGGGCAAGAAAAGGGAGAUAAUUGAAUAGUUCCUUAGAAAUCUUGGAAGAUUAUACAGGAAAGUACUGUAACUGUCCAGCUACAUAAGUGGAAGGAAGACGUAAACAACUUGUGCUCUGAUAGGGAAAUUAAUUAACCACAGGCCCCUUGAGGAUAAUAGGAGUUCCCAGAAAAGGACUUGCACUGGGUGUAUUUGCUUUUAUGAAACAAAUGAGUUAUGAACAACUAAAAAGGUGGGGGGUUGAUCGUUGAACUUGCCCUGCCCUCAUUCAGUAUUAGGCGAUGAUAUCAGUUCUACAACAAACAUUUACUGACAACACAGAGGACUGGACUGCUCGUUGACUUUUUGGACCUUCAGCAAUCAUGAUUGCAGCUUUCCUCUUUUUGCUCCUCAUCACAGGAGGAUUUCUGUCGAACUUCACAGCUCCACCAGAGUUUAAUCAACCAACAGCCAAUCAAAGCUCAGAUGACGGGGAAUUUCUGUCGAACUUCACAAAGCCACCAGAGUUGAAUCAACCAACAGCCAAUCAAAGCUCAGAUGACGUACACUCCUGUAACAAGACCUACCAGGAUCUAUUUGAGCACCUAUAUUUGGACAAAAAAAGAGAGAAGUUCAUCAUGACCCGGCCUGCCAAGAACCACUCAAAACCCACAGUGGUAACGCUGGAUGUACUUCUCUAUGCCAUUCUAGAUGUGCGUGAAAAGGAACAGAUAUUUGUUUCUUAUGUUUGGGUUGACAUGAUGUGGACAGAUGAAUACAUUCAGUGGAACCCAGUGGACUUCUGUGGAAUUGGCGAAAUUGAUCUCCCUACUAAACUGUUCUGGAAGCCAGAUUUAACCGUUGAAGAGAUGACAGAGAAGGACAAGGCCACUCAGAGUCCCUUUCUCAACGUGGGAUACUUUGGGAACAUCCUACUUAGGAAUGACAUGGUGUUGAUCACAACUUGCAGGAUGCAAGUUUACAAAUUCCCCUUCGACACUCAGAGCUGCAACCUCACCUUCAAGUCUGUCUUACACAAAGCUCAACAUAUACAGUUUAAACUAUAUGGUGACUCCAAGAUGGCAACAGAACAGGCUAAAGAGGUGAUGAAAUCCCAGUCCGACUGGCUUUUCAUCAACAUUACAUUAACCAACCAGACUAUCGUCAAUUUUUACAUCAAUCAGAGCACAGUUGUUGCCACUAUCACCAUGCAGAGGCGAUCAGUGCUCUACAUUGUCAACUUCAUAGUACCUGUCCUGUUGUUCUUGUGUCUGGAUUUGGCCUCCUUCAUGAUCUCAGAGAGAGGGGGUGAGAAGCUCAGCUUCAAGGUCACUGUGCUGCUCGCUGUCACAGUGAUGCAACUUAUUCUGAAUGAAAUUCUGCCUUCCUCUUCAGACAAGAUUCCUCUCAUAGCAAUUUACUGUAUCGGGGUUUUUGGUUUGAUGCUGAUGAGCCUUCUGGAGACGAUCGUGGUGAUGUAUCUGCUGGAGAAAGACUCUGAACACCAAGACAGUAAGACGGAUGCAGACCAAAGCCUGUGCAGGGACUGCAAUGACAAACAAGAGAAAGUCAAAUGCCAGAACUGCUUCAGAGACAUCAAAAAGUGGACUCACUGUCUGUUUCCCUGUGAUGCGUCUCCUGGUGAAAUGCCAUCUGAACUGCUUCCGGUGUCAAAUGAGGCUAGCAGCAGCCAUCUGACAGAGGACUCCUAUUACUCUGAAAAAGAAGGGAUGAAAGCGUUGUCUCUGCCCCUCAGCAGCACGGAGGAAGAAAGGCAGACCGGCUACUGGGAGAGAAUGACCAAAAAGAUCAACAGAGUCUUCUUCAUUUUCCAUAUCACAUCUGCCAGUCUGUUUCUAGCCUUCAUGUCGUACAGCUGGAUUAAAGAAGACUUAGAGUAA